AUGUUAACCUGGAACCUGAUGAACGAGCCGCGCAACGAGCACAAGAAGGGCGCAGCGGAGCUGCAGAGCUGGAUCAAGAAGGUUGCGCCGUUUGUGAAGCGGCAGGCGCCGAACCAGCUGCUCACUGUGGGCACCGAGGGAUUCUACCAGGCCUCCAAUUGCGCUGCCAGCCAGCUCAACCCGGUGCCAACCGGCUGGCCGUUCGCGACGGGGCAGGACCAUCUGCCCAACCACGCGCUGGCCGCCAUCGACUAUGCAGGCAUUCACCUGUGGCCCGACGUGUGGAGCCGCGACGACCGCGCAUGGGGCUUGCGAUGGAUCCAGGCCCAUGCUGACAACGCUGCGCUGCUGGGCAAGCCACUCGUCGUUGAGGAGUUCGGCAAGUUUGUGGGCGGCAUUUAUGACAGGCAGCACACAGAGACAGCGGGCCGCCAGCUGGCGUACUACAAGAAGGUGUACGAGGAGGUGGGCAAGUCGCUGUUCGGCAGCGGAGCCAUCAAGGGCAUCCUGUUUUGGCGCUGGAAGGCCGCCGAUCCCACCAUUGUGCUCGGCACUGACGACCAGGCCGCAACACUUGACACGGACGGCAAGGUCUUCCAGCAGGUGAUAGCGCCCUUCAGCGCGCGCGUCGCCAAGGCAGCCUCGGACCCCAAGCGGCCGGUGGUCAAGGGCUGCGUGGCAGCCAACCUUGUUGCCACACCAGCCACCCUCGUCACGGGCUCUCAGCCGCAGCUGCAGCCGGCGCCAUCUGCAGCCAAGUCUGGCGCAGCAGUCCAGUCAGCCCCCAGCGCUGCAGGCUCAUCGGCGAAUGCAGCAAAGCUUGCGGCGGCGGUCCAGUCCUUACUUGCAGCCCAGUUAGCGCCUGCGGCCAAAUCUGGCGCAGCAGUCCAGUCAGCACACACCGCGGCGAUCCAGUCAGCGCUCGGGCCUGCCUUGGCCAAAACUGGCGACGGCCUUCCUGUGCUUGCGUCAGCGCCCGCUCAGCCUGCUCCGGUCCAGUCAGCAUCUGCGGUGCAGCCCGCUGCGGUCCUGCAGGCUUUGGGGGCCCAGUCAGCAGCAAAGGGAACGGCAGCAGACGCGGCCGGAGAGGCAGCAGCUCUGCCGGUCUCUGAUCAGCCGGUGCAGACGGUGGCUACUCCUGCCACGCUCGUGCUGCCGGCAGCGGCGGCUGGGCGGAAGCUGCGGGCGGCAGCUACCGCGCAGCUGCCGGCAGGCGUUCAGGAGGAAACUGCAAAUGAAGCUGAUGACCUGGCGGCAGUGGAGCAAACCAUGCAGCUGUCCACCUUCUCGACACCACCAGGAGUCACGCCUGAAAAUAUCAACUCCAAAGUCGUGUGUGCAGCUGCAGCCGAGCAGGCCCCAGCAGCAGCUGCAGUCGCCGGAUGA